UAGUCAAGAUAAGAUGUUUGUGGCUUUGGAAAUCUAUACGAGCAAACGUGUUUAUAUAGUUCGUGGGUUGGAGUUCGGUUAGACUACAAAAGAACCAUGGGAUUGCAUUUGCAUUUGCUGCAAGCCAAACUACUUGCGUCAAUUCUGCUUUUAUCUGUUUCUACUCAAGCAAAUUUCGAAAUAGCAAAGCCAAACUGUAUGGAUCGUUCUGGAAAUAUAAGUAUUCCCUUCCCUUUCGGCAUGAGCGAAGGCUGUUACUUUAACAAAUCAUUCUUAGUCACUUGUAAUGACACCCACUAUGAUCCACCAGAACUAUUCUGGACGGACACAUGCAUAAAUAUCACAAGCAUAACCCUGGAGGGCCAAUUGCGUGUUUUGCAAUUCAUAGCAAGAGACUGUUAUUCUCCGGAUGGCAUCAGAGUGUCAUAUCGAAGUACCUCUUCAAGAGUGCCCUUUAGAUUCAUGGUCAAUAAUAUUGCCAAUAAGUUCGUUGUCGUUGGUUGUGAUACUUAUGCUUAUGUAUUUGGGCGCCUGGAGAAUCGGAAAUAUCAGAUAGGGUGUAUUUCCCUAUGUGACAAGAAGGAUGAUCUAGUCAAUGGCUCAUGCUCUGGUUUAGGCUGUUGCCAUAUACCUAUCCCAAAACAGGUGCGGACAGUUAAUGUGACAUUGGGUAGCUUUGAUAAUUUCACAAAUGUGUCGGACUUCAAUAAUUGUGGCUAUGCUUUUCUAGCUGAGGAAAGUGCAUUCAAUUUCUCCGCAAGUAGUCUUUUCGACUUGAGGAAUGUGAAAAAGCUUCCAAGGGUGGUUGACUGGGUAGUUGGAGAAGGAACUUGUGAGGAGGCUCGAAAUAACAUUUACAGUUAUGCAUGUAAAAGUGAGAAUUCCUAUUGUUGUGAACCUGAUAAUGGUUAUGGGUAUCGUUGUUAUUGCCAGAAAGGUUAUGAAGGAAAUUCGUACCUCGAUUACGAUCGCGGCUGUAAAGACAUUGAUGAAUGUAAGGAUCAAAGCGUCCAUAAAUGUGUGAAGAAAUGUGAGAACACACCAGGGGGUUUUAGGUGUGUGUGCCCUAAAGGCUACCAUGGAGAUGGUAAAAAUGAUGGACAAGGUUGCAUCCAUGGUCAAUCACUUGUCUUCGAAGUUGCUACAGGGAUUUCUCUAGGAAUCACUUUUAUUGUGCUUGCUAUCUGGUUGUUAUGCUCCGUACUCCAGGAAAAAAAGUUGGUCAAGAUGAGGUACACUUUCUUUCUUCGAAAUGGUGGACAAUUGUUGCAAGAAGAACUUACCCAAAGAGAACUGUCGCCAGAUGGAGCAAAAAUAUUCACUUUCACUGAGCUCAAGAAGGCAACAAAUGACUUCCAUGAUAAUAUAGUUGUUGGUCAAGGAGGCUUUGGCACUGUAUACCAAGGCUUCUUAUCAGAUAAUAGAAUGGUUGCCAUAAAAAAGUCGAAAGAAAUUGACGCAAUCCAAGUAGCGCAAUUUAUAAAUGAAGUGAUUGUUCUUUCCCAGAUCAAUCACAGGAAUGUUGUCAAGCUCCUUGGUUGUUGUUUAGAAACUCAAGCUCCUCUCUUAGUUUACGAAUUCAUCAACAAUGGCACCCUCUUUGAACAUAUACAGAACAAAGCAAAGGCACGUUCUUUUUGUUGGGAUAUGCGGUUAAGAGUAGCUGCAGAGGCUGCUGGAGCGCUUGCGUAUUUGCAUUCAGCGGCUUCUCCUCCAAUCAUACACAGAGAUGUCAAAUCAACAAAUAUUCUUUUAGACACUACUUUCACGGCCAAAGUUUCUGAUUUUGGAGCAUCAAGAUUGGUUCCUAUUGAUCAAACUCAAUUAUCUACUGUGGUGCAAGGAACUUUUGGAUAUUUAGAUCCUGAAUACAUGCAAACAAACCAAUUGACAGGAAAAAGUGAUGUUUAUAGCUUUGGAGUAGUCCUGGUAGAGUUACUAAUGGGGAAGAUGGCAUUGAGUUAUGAUAGACCAAAGGAGGAGAGAUGUUUAGCCAACUAUUUUCUCUCAAAAUUGAAGCAAAGCAACUUAUUCCAAGUUCUUGAUGAUAAUAUUGUAUGUGAAGGAAAUAGUGAGAAGUUAACAUCAGUUGCUAUGCUUGCGAAAAGGUGUUUACAUGUUAAAGGGGAGGAUAGAUCUAGUAUGAAAGAAGUAGCUAUGGAACUUGAAGGUCUGAGAUUAGCAGGAAAACAAUCGUGGAACCAAAUAGAACCCAUUGAAGAAGAGUCUGAAUCCCUGCUUUCUAGGAAAAUGAAUGCCUUUGCAAUUGCAAAUGGUGAGGGCAGUAGCACAGCUAUUGGAUAUGAUAGCAUGAGGGAUCAUAUUAGUGGGAGAUAGUGUGUAGCAUAAGGAGUGAGAUCAUAUAGUAUUGGCGAGAUUGGCGUUAUAGUUGUCGAGUUAAUUUAUGAUUUUAUCUUGUGUUAGUUUCCUUAUAUGUGAACUAAGGAUGUGGAUGAGAUUACAAUAUUGGACUUGCAAGAUUGGCAAUAUUAAUGUAGUUGAUAC